AUGGCUGAGGGUGUCCGUCUUCUUCUGAAAGCCUUCCCCCACCUCGACCUCGACGAGCUCUACGACGGCCCAACAUUCAUGGAUGUCUCCCAAUUCUACGUGACCGUCCAGAACUUCCAUGCCCGCGAGACGCAGCCCAACCCACCGAUCACCACGCUCACCAUCGCCCAGCUUCAGGAGCUCGCGCCUGAGUUUGAAUGGCUGAAGUUCAUCGGGAAUCACGUCUACGGCGAGCGCAAAAGAGAGCUGGGCCCAGAGACCAGGGUGAACUUGCUGGGGUCGACGGCGAUGUUUGAGAGGUAUUCCGCAAUGAUCCGCAGCGCGUCGGACAUAAUGCCAGACGUAUCGGUGUUCGCCUGGACUUCGUGGCUCGGCCGCAAGGCCAUCUACAAGCACCUGGAGCUGACCUGUAACGACAUGUGGGAAUCUGCCUUCUUCAAGCUCAACGAGCACCUCCUCGUCCAGUAUCUUCGAGCCGUCGGGGAUAAGCCGCUAGUUGAGCUGGCCAAAAUGCCGGCCCACAUCGGCUACAACUACAACGCCCUUGACACGGAGCUGGCCAAUGACCUUGGCGAACUGCUAACCAUCCCCGACGAGAUGUCUCCCAUCGAGCAGAUGAUGAUCGUCGGCCGGGCCGCCUGGAUCAAGAUGCAAUUUGAUAAGGAGGAGAACGUUAGCAAGGUGGCCCUCGUCAACGCGUACAAUGCGGACGGGGAGCGGAUUGGAAUCCCGAUGGGUAUCAUCUCCAAGCCGUUCUUCAAUCGCCACUGGCCGUUGGAGACGCACUAUGCCGGUAUCGGCUACGUGAUCGGGCAUGAAUUUACGCACACCUACGACCUCUGGGAAGAUCGAGGCCUGCCCGCCGACAACCCAGGCAACGACACCGACGAGUUCAAGGCGCGACAACAGUGCUUGAUCGAUGAAUUCGGCAAGAUCGUCCACCACAACGAGUUCUACAACAUCACCGUCCAGGGCAACGGCAACAUCCAGAAACAGGAGACGAUCUCGGACAACAACGGCAUUCGCACUUCGUUCAGGGCCUAUCGCAAAGAGCGCAUUCGCCUCUUCGGCGCCGACCCUCCGAAAUGGCCCGGUCUUCAGAAGUACACCAACGACCAGCUGUUUUUCAUUUCUCUGGCUCAGGGCUGGUGCGGCCGCAUCCGAGGUGUGGAGUUCCGGAGCGACAACUGGCAGGCACAAAAACAUCCCCCGGGCCGCAUCCGCAUCAACGAGGCCAUGAAGAAUUUCGAGCACUUUGGCGCGGCGUUCAAGUGCCCGCUUGACUCGCCGAUGAACCCGAAGGACAAGUGCCGCGUGUGGCGCCGUAUCAAGAGGCAC